UGCUAACUAUUCCCCUUGCCGUUUGUUGUCUUGUCGUACAUAUCCUACUCGUCGUAUAUAUUAUAUUCUCUUCUGUGUAUAUCUUCCAGCGCAUCGCUGUCGCCUCUUUUGCCGCCCCGCUCCCCUAUAGUGCGACUCCCGUUUGUCUUGCCAUAUGGGAUUUUUCGACCACCUCCAGAAAGGAGGCGCCUUUUCUCUACAACCGAAGAAGCCUCAGAUCCGCAAGGUUGUUCAGACGCGAACCGCUCCUGCUUCGCGAUCCACGUCCCAGACCCCAGGUCCCUCAUCCCGAACCCCUCCUGCUCAGCUCAAAGCGCAACAAUCAGCAAGCAGAUCCGUCUCCAGGGACCGUGACCCCCCGUCUGCGAAAAGGCGACAUGGCACACCGGCGCAGAGUCGGAAGCGUCAAACUCCGGAAUUACGGCUCUCGAGCGAUGACGAUGCGAGCGACACGGACUCUUCGUUUGAGGUGCGCAAACGGGCUAGGACAGGCGAUAGCGCGGAACCAGACCCUGCUAGGCGCGUGCGAUCCUUAAAGGCUUUUUCCGAAGAUAGCGUCCGGUCACUCCCUAUGAUACAUGCUGCCGAUAUUACAUCUCGCCAGAAGGCCGGCAACUUUAAGCCUGCGUUUGGGGCAGCCAAGCCGCUACCGGAGCUACUCCUGCAGUAUCCCAGCACUUCGGCCCCGGAGAGGUAUAACCUUGUGGUGCCUCGAGACCAUGAUGAUUUCAAGCCUAUCGACGACAUUGUUCAGGUCCUCGACAUCGUGUCACAGAAUUAUAUCCCAGACGAAGCGGCAGACGAAUUCAAUAAUGAAUCGACUGGAAUCAAGCGCAGACUACGACGAGCCCUUGCCCAUUCAUCUGAAGCGGAUUUCCGGAGUGUUGUGAACGAGUACAAUGAGGCAAUCGUGCGGUUAAGGCGUGAUGGCAGUAUCGCAAAGAAACUGGAUUCGACGAGCCGCCUUAAUUUACCUCACGUGGAAAGGAUCCUGAAUCAAAUAUACUCGCGCACUGUCUCGCCUCGGGUCGAGUCGCUUCGCCAGUAUGAGAAUGGAACGGACAACGUGUACGGAGAACUUCUUCCGCGCUUCAUUAGCACUAUAUUCAAGGAAACGGGGCUAAAGUCCGGUCAAGUUUUUGUCGACCUGGGCUCCGGAGUUGGUAACGUUGUCCUCCAAGCGGCGCUUGAGAUUGGAUGUGAAAGUUGGGGCUGUGAAAUGAUGGACAAUGCAUGUGACCUGGCCGAUCUGCAGCAGGCGGAAUUCAGGUCACGAUGUCGGCUAUGGGGCAUCGCUCCCGGGAAGACGCACCUCGUUAGGGGUGAUUUCCUGAAGGAGCAGCCCAUUAUCGAUGUUCUGAAACGCGCUGAUGUCAUCUUGAUCAAUAAUCAGGCGUUCACUCCGCAAUUGAAUAACGAACUAAUCAAUCACUUCUUGGAUAUGAAGGAAGGGUGCCAGAUCGUAUCCCUGAAAUCCUUUGUGCCCGCGGGACACAAAAUCCAAUCCCGCAAUCUCAACUCGCCCAUUAAUCUACUGAAAGUCAAGCAGAGGAACUAUUGGUCGAACAGCGUAAGUUGGACCGACGUUGGCGGUACCUACUUCAUCGCGACCAAGGACAGCUCCCGCCUGAAAGCUUUCGUAGAUAGCAUGCAAUGAUCUGAUGCUACCUCCCUGAAUGCCUUUCCUCGUUUCACGACCGCAAUGCUCCACUACUUUCGGUUUCUUGUAUUGAUACUUUCUUCUUUUUUUCUCUUUUUCUUUUUGGCAUUUAUCCAUGGUCGGGCUUAGGACGUGAUACCAAGGUUUAUCAUUCAGGCAUCUGCAUCAGCGCGUGCUAGGGCAAUCCUAGUACUUUUUAUUUUCAGUACAUAAAUCUGCCCACUUCUGCUAUUGAUCUUCGAAGCUGUGAUGAGAAACGACCCGUGAGACGAUGGUACAUUGUGGAUAGAUGGCAUCUUUUGAAGACAGUUUGGCUUGUGCGCCUCUAACAGCAUAGCAUGCAUCCCUGGCAUUUAUCAAACCGACAUUCGAACUUUUGAUUAGCCACCGCCCUCCUUCAUAGCGUCCUUGCAACAGAGCCUGGCUGAUGCGAGCAACCCUUGAAGCCAGUGAACAUAUCAGCCAGCACCAUGGAAGCGGAGUCGCCACCAUACGGUAUUGUCGCAAUGAAGUGAUAGCGAGCCGAAUCAUACAUCGGGCGGAAAAGACUGCGAUGCUGUGACUUCGAGUGUUGUAUAUAGAAUUAUUUGGCUGGAUAGCUAGGGGCAGCCUCCAGAACCUCCGACGUGGCGUGCACCCGCCCACGCGGAGUUAAGAAUAGACUAAGAAAGCAUAUCAGAAUAAAG